GGUAUUCCGUCGGAAUAUUCCGACGAGAUGAAUUUUCCUCGAAAUUCCGUCGGAAUAUUCCGAGGAAAUUCCGAGGAAGCCAAAUUUUGUGUUUCCUCGGAAUUGCCUCGGAAAUUCCUCGGUGUAUUCCGAGGAAUUCAUUUUCCGUUGGAACGUCCGUCAGAAUACCGCUGUUUUCUUGUAGUGAUUUCAUUACAAUGGAAAUGCACAAUGAAGUAUAGUGUUAUGAGAAAAUCUUCAAGUUUUAAGAAGAAAAAUCAAGAAGAAUGAAAAAGAUUUUAGGUACGUAGAUUUAAAAACAUUAUUUUAUUUUGUCAUUUAUAUGUAUAAAUAUUAUUUAAAUAAUAUAAUUUUAUUAUUUUUAGUUAUAUAUACGAUUUUGUGUAUAGAUUAUUUGGUUGGUUCUCUUAUCAUAAUUUCAGUAUGUUAGGUUACAUCUACUUCUUCAAACUAAACUAUUUUUGUUCUAAAUAAGUUUUAUUUUUGAUUAAGUUUUGUUAGUGUUAUUUAAUUUGGUUUAAUGUAGCAAAUAUCUUUUUGUAAAAUUAUGCAUGAAUUGAUAUAUGUUAUUUUGAUGAAUAAACUAAAGUGAAAUUUAUUAAGAGUUACAUAAAAUGAAAUAACAAUAAUUUUUUGAAAGCUCAUGCACAUAUAUAAAUUUUACAAAAUAACUUAUUUAUAGUACUCGUCGUUUCAUUUUUUUAUAUGUAUAAAAAUCAAUGGAAUAUUAUUAUAGAUAAUAAUAUGUUGCUAUUUUAAUUAGACUUUGAUUUUAACUUUUAAGUAAAAAAUUUUGGAUUAGUCCGCUUAAUCAUAUUAUGGGUAUAUUAACUUACAAGUUACAACUAUUCAUCCAAAUUAACUAUAGUUGUUUUCAGUUCUAAUUUUUUUAAAAAAAUCGGGUUAAACUAUUUAUAAUAAAAAUAUUACACAUAUUUAAUUGUAUUUAGAAUAAGACUAUUUUAGUUAUCUUUUCAAAUAUUCAAAAAAAAUAGUAGAAAAUAAUAUAGUGUAUGUUGGUUGAGAUUAUGUUCUAAAGAUAAUUUUUUUUAAAAAAAUUAUGCUCAUUUGUUUUUGUGAACUCUCUUUUUUAUGAAAUCAUUGUGAAGUAUAUAUAUAUAUAUAUAUCCACGUUUUUAAAUUUACAAAUAUUUUCUGUUUGAUAUAUGUGAUUUGGAAACCAAUAUAAGGAAAAGAUAAACUUAAAAAUCUGACUAAAAACUAUAUAAAAAGGAAAAGGUGAUCGAAAUUCUAAUAAUGGAAAUAUAUAUAGUACUUUUAAUUCAUUAAAGAUAUUUUCAAUUAACCACCAUGAGAAUUAACGUGAUCGUGACACGUAAGAAACAUAUUUCCAAAUAAUAUUACAGGAUAUACUUUAGAUUUUGUUAUAAAUUCAUGAAAAUCUAUUGGACUUGAUUUCAAAUAAAUAAAUAUAUAAUUAAAAUCAAUUACUUUUUAAUAACAUUAGAUUUAAUUUAAUUUAAUUUAAUAUUUGAGACUUUAAUUAAAUAACAUCAGAUAUAAGAAUUGUUUUAGAGAAUUAGGAUUUAAGAAUUAAUAAUGCAUAAUUUAAAAUUUUAAGUUCUUAUUGAAUAGCAACAGAUUAUAGUUGGAUUUAAUUUUUUUAAAUAACACCUUGUAUUUUUUUUUGGAAAAAAAACUAAACAUAUAAAUAAACUUGACCUAAUGGUGUAUUCUUUAACCUAAAUUUUAGUUUUUAUCUCAUUAGCAAAAAAAAAAAUUGUAACUUAUCUCAUCAGCAAUUUACGCCAAACAUGAACCGCGAUGAUGAACAGCCGCAGGGAAACAAGAACACCAACCCUCCACCACCGCUGAAUCUACAAUCUCAAUCGUUUUCUUCACUCCCACAUGAUAUAGCUGAGAACAUUCUUGCUCGUGUCUCUAGAUACGACUACCCUAGUUUCUCUCUCGUCUCCAAGAGAUUCCACUCUCUCCUCUCUUCUCCUGAACUGUACAAGACACGUUCUCACAUCAGAACCACCGAACCAUUUCUCUAUGUCUGCCUAAAACAUUACGAAGACCAACCUUCUAAAUGGUUCACUCUUUGGAUGAGACCUGUCGUUGAAACCCUAACCAAAGACGACGACGAUCAUCUUCUUCCACAUGAUGACUAUUCGUUGUUUCCGGUACCUUCUUCUUGUAAUCCUUUCCUCGAACCAUAUUGUGCUUUAGUAGCGGUUGGUUCAGAACUCUACGUAAUCGGUGGAACUUACGAGGCUCCGUCUUCAGCUGUUCGUAUUCUUGAUUGUCGUACUCACACUUGGCGUGAUGGGCCUAGUAUGUUGGUGGCUCGGUGGUGUGUGGAUGCCUUUUUACUCUACGAGAAAAUAUACGUGAUGGGACGUUCGGGGAUCAAUGAGUCUCUGGCUCGGAUAGAAGUGUUGGACAUAAAGACUCAGACUUGGAGACACUUGCGGAGCCUUGGAGCCUACGAGUUUGACAGCCAUUGGUUUGAGAUUAAUGUGUUUGAAGGAAAGAUUUACGCAAAUGCUGAAAAUAAGAGCUAUGCUUAUGACCCACAAGAAAGUAGGUGGGAAGUUGUGGAGACCCACCGGCGAGGCUUCAAAUUUAUAAAGGAUUGGUGUGUGAUAGAGGAUGUAAUGUAUUGUUUUACGCACUCCGGUUAUUGCAAAUGGUAUGACUCCAAAACUAGAGACUGGAUAGAUGUCAAGGGUUCAGAUAUGAAAAUAUUGCGCAUGCAUAGAACAUGUGGCUUAGCAUGGCGGCCUAUGCUUCGAAUACACAACCUUGGUGGGAAACUUUUAGUUAUGUGGGUCCCCGAUUUUGAAAUAGACAACGAAAAAACUGAAAGGAGAAUAUGGUGCGCGAAAAUCGCAUUAGAGAAGCGUGGAAAUGAUGUUUGGGGUAAGAUAGAAUGGGCUAAUUCUGUCCACGAGUGGUGUUGGUUCACGAGUUGUGUAGUCUCGAUUUGAUGGUUAGUAAGAAAAUGGUAUAUGCUUGAACGACUUUUGCAGUUAUUAUGGUUUUAGUAGUGGUUCUAGUCAUAGUAGACCCUAUAGUAUACUGAUGUAAACACCCAAAGUAAUAUAGAAAAAGCAACGAGAAAGCUUUUAUAAACAUAAUAUAUGCCUACAAUAUUUGUUCGUUUACCAUCUUCAAUCCGUGUCUGAUCAUUCAUCUAUUACAUUUUUGAUUUUGAUCAACUCAUAAUCCCCUAACUUCGAAACAUCAGUACAUCACACUUUUGUUUAAUUGUGUUCGAUUAUCUUGGUUGAUAAGAUGCAUCUCAUGUAGGCUUGUGUGAACAAAUUUUCUUACAAUCAUCAACUCCUAUGACAACAACAGCAAGUCCAGUUUUGUAUUAGGUUAAUCGAUCUAUAGAUUUUAUAUAACCAAACCUUCAUGAGUGUUCUUGAUUGGAAAUCAUAUGUUGUGGCACUACCAGAAAACGCGCAAAUCCCAAUGGACAAAUACAUCGAGAAUCCGUCUCGUUCCGCACGGAUUCCCAAUGGACAUUUUCCCAACAGAUUUCCAAACAAAAACCUUUGCAGGGAAAUCCACCAGGAAUUACCGACCGACCUAGUCCGGUCCGUCGGAAAUUACCGACCGAUAACGUUCUCAGUAACAGUUUACAUGAAUAACUGAUUUCAAUUCUUGUACAAUUAAUAAGCCCACUUGAACUUCCUUAAACUCACUCUCCAUCUCAUCCUUGGUGCAUAACACCAAAAUGAGAACAAGAAUUUUAAUAAAGAGGAAAAAGAAUUGACAAAGUCAUUCACCACUCUCGUUUAAGCAUGGGCAUUCGGGAUCCCAAUCGGAUUUCGGUUUUAUUCAUUCGGGUUUUAGUUUUUCGGGUUUAUCAAAAUCAGUCUCAUUCGGGUUAUAUGAAAGUUCGGUUCGGGAUCAGUUCGGGUUCGGGUCGGGGUUAGUAAAUUUUCAAAGAACCGGUAUAACCCAUUCUACUUUGGGGUUCGGAUCCCAGUCGGUUCUUCGGUUUAAAAAUAUCCUAUUAGUUCAUAAUUUGUAACCAAAACAUAAAUGAAAUCGGUUCUUCGGAUUUAAAGUACAUGAUUUGUAUCUAUUUUAAUAGCCAAAACAUAAGUAAAAUUGAUUCAAAAAUAAGAAAAGAACAUAAAGCGUGAUCAUUCAAAAUCAAACUAGGGUAGACAUAGUUAUUGAUAGAAAGAAAACCAAAUAAAUUAAAAUAAAAACUAAAUUCUCACGAAAAUGAGAAACAUUAUUCUAUAAAAACAAAACCAAAAUCUAAAAACAUUAAGCUUCAACUGACACCUUCAACCAUCAAACUUCAUAUAAUAGAUAAUUAUUUUAGAAGUUCAAUAAAAUCUUAAAAUCUUAAAAUCUAAAUACAUUUUAAAUAUUUCGGAUUCUAUCAGAUAUCUAUUUAGGUUCGGUUCGGAUAAUACCCAUAACCCAAAAUACCAUAAAAGAAAAUCCAUUUGGUAUUUAUGUCGGGUUCAGAUCUAAUUCGGUUCAAAUUUUUGGAUUCGGUUUAUUUGCUCAGCCCUACACUCGUUGCUCUCCUCUGGCAAGGCCAGUUCUAAAAUUCUGGAGGGGUGAAAAACAAUUUAGUAAAAAAAAUUAAUAAUAUUUGUAAAACAGUUUGAUAGUCCAUAUCUAUGGAUAUUAACCUUUACGAUGUUAAAGCCAAUGUUUCACUUAACUAUUUCGAGAAUUAACUUUAUGGUCCUCUGCAUCAGUUUUCUUUUCCAUUCUUCAAAAUCUAUGAUGUGUAACUUUUAGCUAGUUGGGAUCAGAUUACUCCACAUACUAAGUUUGAAGCAUUUGUUUAAAUCUUAAAAAAUGAAAAAGGUUGAAGGCAUUCUCCAUAGAUGAUAAAAAAAGCAGAAGAAAUAAUAAAGAGCCAAAUUAAUAUAUUUAUUUCCAUGCAAAAAUA